AAGCGAAGGAAUCUUACCUCUAUCCAGACGCUGUCCACGUUCAAGAAGGCGCUGAAGAAAGACGAGUUCGCGCUCCACUUCAACGUAAUGGCUCUCUACCUCCGAUGCAUCCAUCUCCUCCGCCGCAUCCAAGAGCACUGCCUCACGCAUGCCCCCUUGGAUUACCCUUGGGAGGCCUUUCACGAAGGCCUGGACAUGAAUCACGUCAUCAACUGUAUGAUGCUGGACUUGGCUGGUGCUCGUCGGCUUCACGGUUCCAUGUUCCCGGCCGCGGUCAAGUUCUUGCGGGAGGUCAUUGAGAAGGAGGGAGAUACCGAGUACGCUCAAGCUACGGCGCGAUGCGAGAUGAAGCCGAACGGCGGCGAUACGAAGGUAGAUGAGAUUGAGCCCAGCUUCGAGAAUCCGCCUGAGGAUAGUAUGCCCCUGCUUACGCGUGGCAUGUUUUGGAUGGUCGUCGUUCGGGAUGAGAAUGGAGACUGUCGGAUGCCCUUUGGA